UUAUAUAAAUACUGCAAGGUCUCAAAAUGCAGAAUUUCUACCGGAAUGAUACACUUUCUACGAGGAAACCCCUUAUGGCUCAUAAGGAGAGCAAGAAUAAUAAGGAACAGAAGGAAAAGAAAUUGUUUGUGAAGAGAAAUCAGAAUUAUUCCAAGAUGAAGCGAAUGAUGUCUCCACAAGCUCCUAACAUGGCAAAGCUGGGAGUCGACCUAAAAUUUCUGAAGAAUCCCAGGCGAUCUCGGUUGAGGAACUUCAACGUGUCACCUCACUCUAAAGGAAAUCCAACCCCAAAUAACCCAUACCAGAACACAAUACAGCUGAAGAGCCAGAAAUAAGAAGGAAAAUAAUCUCAAGAAAACAAAAACCCAAAAUGGCUCGAAAAAGAAUGAAUUUGGAAGAAUGCUGUCACAUAUUCAGCCAACAUCGCCAUUUAAUCCAAAUGAUCUAGCUUCGACUAGGAAUACGACUCCUUUGAGUAAUUUAGGUGAAAGCAACCCUACUUUUAUUCCAAAGAAGAAGAGGAAGCCUGCUAUGAUCAAGAACCAGAAGACUUUGGGUGGGAAUGCCCACCCAAAGGAGAACAAGAAUAACAUGAACCUAUCUGGUAAAAAGAGGAGGCUCACUAGGCCUACUCUGACUGGAGUUAUAAUCUCCAAAUUCAUGAAUCAGUAUAAGAAGGAAAAAAGUCCUAAGAAGAUCGAGAUGCCAAAGAUCUUUGAGAAGAAGAAAACCACAAGGAAGGAAAGGGUUGUCUCUUUUGAAGCCAAGCCUAGAGGCUUGGCUUCAAGAGUCAAGGCUGCUUCCAAGACUCCUCUGUUUAGUUCUAUUAAGAGGCAAUUAGGCAAUAUGACAUUUAUUGGGAGGAAUAUCACACCGAUCAUUAAGAACUAUAAGGCUAAGAAUAAGAACAAGUUCGUUAAGAGCAAGCCCAAGAAGAAGGUCAAGCUCGAAAUGGCGAAGAACAUUGAGGAAAAUUCACGAGUUAAUAUGAGGUACUUUUCAAGGAAUAAUCCUGAGAAUAUGUCUGUGAUGAGCUCAAGAGCUAUCCGAAGACUCCAUGAUACGGUAGGAAGUGGAGACCAGAGGGACUCAAGUCUUGCAUUUUCAUUGAGAUUGUAAAGGACUAGGAAACCAUAUC